AUGAUCGGCGUGUAUGCGCAGCAGCAGCAACAACACCUCGGCAACCUGAGCAGUCCAGCUGCGCCUCACCCUUUACUCGCACCGACACACCCUGGGAUCUCCUCUGGCGCAAACAUGGAUCUAUCUAAUCACUUUGAUUCAGGCGCUCAUCAUCAUCAUCAGCAGCAGCAGCAGCAGCAGCAGCAGUACCCGUACCAGCAACACUCGUCGCCUGCUGGACCAAGUGGCACAUCUCGAAAUAGCAAGAGCGAUGCAAAUCCUGCGAUGGGGGGAAGCCACUUUCUCCCCCACCAAGCCUUUUCUUCGCCUACCAACAAUGCAUAUCCCGAAUCGACGCUCGCCGCUGUAGAAGCCACUCGAGCACGCUUCUUUGCGCAGCAGUCUGGCGGUGGCAACACCAACCUCGGCAAUGGAAGUCGCUCCGCACCUCGCUCGCGACCCACGGUCACCGGAUCCACACUCAUCCCGCGCGCUUCCGCUACAGACGGUCGCCAACGCGCGCACAAAGCGCACGUCCUCUCCAGCUCAUCCUCCACCUCGUAUCGUCAAUCCUUCUUCGACCGCUGUCAGCGCGCAAUGGACAACUCGCGCGCCGCACAACGGCAUCAGCGCAUCACGGCGUUCCGCAAGGGAGCCGACGCAUUCACACGCGGCCUCUUUUCCGACGACAUGGAUGUCGAAGACGACGAUUCGAUGCCUGCGUCGUCUUCGCCCACGCCCAUGCCGCCGUCGAGUCAGGAACGAGAGGAAGACGACGAGCUGACGCGCCACCGCAUCAUUGCCGAAUACUCCAGGCUGAAACGCAUCUACGAGCUCAAGGGCCAUCUGGAGAUCGGGUGGAUCGAUCCGGAUCAGCUGAGCUGGCUCGAGAGCGAGGUGAAACAGCAGCAGCACGAGCAGCAGCAGCAGCAGCAGCAGCAAGAAGACGUCGAUCCGUACUGGUUGGCGGAUGACGAACAGCUCGAACAGCUGUGGAUCGAGUCCUUGCAGCUGUCUCAGCAACAGCAGCAGCCAGGAGGAGAAGGCGCAAGCGAGAUGGUCCAAGACGAGCAGGGUCGGGCCGACGAGUUUGACGAUGCGGCGUUCGAGGAGGAGCUGGCCAGGCUGCCUGUCUGA